AUGAAGCUAUUCUACUAUACAAUAUGCGCGCUACUACUAUCGCCCUUAUUAGCACCUGCGAUACCGCUGGAAGAAACUAGUACCGCCAAUCACACUGCUACUGCAAAUUCCAUUGAAAGCAUAUCAGCAUCAUAUCGGGCAUCCGACUUUUUAAUCGUGCCAACUGCCAGCGAACAAGACGAAGAGCUCCGUGCUGCUCGUGUAGUAGAAACAAACUUGGUAGCUGCACAGCCUCAUCAUCCAAAAUCACCAUCAACAAAACUAAUAGACGAUGAAGGAAAUCAACAGCAACAAUUACCAAAAUUCCCCGAUGAUGAUAUACAAAAUAAUGCAGCAGAAGAACCACAAGAGCAACAAGAACUCAACAAAAAUGUCAUUGCUGGCAUUGUUGGUGCUAGUGGUGCCGGUCUGGUAGCAGUUAUUGCCGUAGGUAUCCUUGUAUGGCAUACACAGCGACGAACCUCGACAACGGGAGGAGACGACAAAAAGUUGUGCGACAACGACACGCGUAAAGAUCCCAAGCUGACUUCACUACCACCAGGAGAACCAAUGAUUGUAAGCGCUACAUUUUUCGACGAUUGGGAUCAGCAUCAGCACGAUAUACAUCAAUCUAUUUCAAAGUUUCCUUCAUCGACAUACAGUGCAAUAUUCGCAGCGACAGCGCCCAACGGUUCCUCAGCUUUACAUGACGACACAGCAAACGAUGUAAUUACCCAGACGAAUAAUAAUUUGGGCGAGCAUGAAACGGCCUGGAGCUCGGAUACCGGUAGUAGCGACAGCAUGUCCAUCCGUAAUUUAUCCAGCUACAGUGUCGAAGACAGUUCAACGACGACAAACACCAGACAACAGCAACAAUUCAUUACUACAACACGACCAAACCCCAUAGCAUUAGUACCAAGCGUAAACAGUCAUCACCAGUCAACGACUGAUUCUAUAGCUGAGUCUACAAUUCGAUCUCGACCAUCAAGCACCUCGGAACGAGAGCAGCAGCAACAUCAACAAGAACCACAGAAACAAAUAAGUAUUCUUGACAAAGAUGAUAAAUACGCACUAUCCCUAGUCAAUCGGAAACUAUUACACUAUCCAGCACGAUCUCGAUAUGGUUUUGCAACAAGUUCAACGACCAUUCAAAGACCAGAAGAAAAAGCAUCAAUGAGCGAUACUGCGAUGACCUCAUCCUACAAUCUAGAACGCUUAUUCUAUCCUUCGUCGUCGUCGUCGGGUUAUACCCAUUCGUUUCCUCCUUUAACAUCAUCAGAUAAACAAGAAGAAGAAAUCAACAGUGAUGAGAAUAACGGACAAUUUGUAACGCCGUUUGAUCUCCCAGCUUCAACAUUCCUGACAUUACCAAAUUGUCCGUUCCCGCUAGUUAGUAGACAAUCCAUACUCAAUGAUCCGGAGAAGCGCCAAGGGGUCCACGAGAUACCAUAA